GCAGGAGUCCCUUUCUUCUCGCGCCGUCGUUUUUUCCGCUCGAGUUUUGUUCUUCUUGCCUGUCGUCUGCUUCUCGCCUUCCCGCCUUUCCCGUGCGUUUUUGCUGUCUCCCCGCCUCAUCACCAUGGCGACUUCUGCCUCUGUUUUUCGUCUCUUUUCUUCCAAAACCCCACUGGGCCUUCCUGGGGUUCUUUCGAGCUCCCGCGAGCGCAUGUUCCUCUCUUCUUCCUUCUGCUCUGCGGUGCUGCGCGAGGGGAGACUCGGAGCGGUCCCUUUCAAAGCCCCCGCGGGUCUCGCGGCGGCAGCCACAAACAGUCGCUUCUUCUCCCCGCUCACGGGCACCCAGAGCUCCGCUUUUGCGGCUGAAAAAAGAGCUUUCUCUUCCGAAGCCGACAGCUCGGUAGAAGCUGCUUCCAAGGACCUCCUGAAAACGAUUCAGAGCGAGAUCCAGCACGAACAGUCCACCUACGAACAGGACGCCGACCUCAAGAAGUUCCUGCAAACCUCCGGGUGGAGUGUCGCCGAAAGCGACAACAACAUGAUGGUGACGCUUCAGCGACAAGUUGGCAGCAAGAAGGUGGUGGUUGAGUUCAGCUGUGUGCAGAGCGCAGAGGCGCCCACCGAGGAGGGCCCGAUGCCCGAGAUGUCUGACUUCACUGUGACGAUUACGAACCCGGACGAGUCGGGAGUGACUUUUUACUGCAGCACUACACAAGACGAAGAAGACAAGUUCCGCUACUGCAUUGGUCAAGUGCGCUUCUUCAAGAACGCAGAAGAGAAAGAGAGCCUGAAUGUGUACCCCGGCCCAUACUUUGAGGAUCUGGACGACUCUUUCCAGCAGGGUCUGGACGAGUGGCUGGCCAAGAUGGGCGUCGACCCAGAGCUGUGUGACUUCAUCGACCGCUUUUCUGUCGACAAGGAAAACCGAGAGUACCUCGCGUGGCUGAAGAAACUCGCUCAGUUCGUCGAACACUGAAAAAGAGGUUUCCAGACGUCCGUGGAGCGCGCGAAAAGAUGCGCUGACGCGGGAGUGCAGUCCUCCCGUUCGGCCGGCUUUUUCUGCAGCCUCGCCUGCCGACUCCCUUCUUGUGCCGACGGCGGCAUUCACACGUUCGUAGUCAAAAGUUAACAAUAAGCGGGUGCGGCCGCGUGCCGCGGAAGACCCGGUCCAGGCGAUGCAGGCGGAAAGCGAGAAGUGCUCUCUGCUGAGGCGCAGGGUGUUUACCUCCAUCGGGCGGCGCACAUGUGCGUCGACGCAGACAAAAGCCAAGGGGAACCGGUUAGAAAUCGGAAGUGGCGGAGACAAAAAGGAACCCGCAGCGUCGAAAGCGACUGCCAUCCAGGCUGAGAAGAGGUAGUUUGAAGGGGAAAGAGAAUUCGAGGGUGGAACAGACAGGGAGAGAGAAGCGCAAGUGGUGGGUUCUCUGGGCCCUGUCUGGGUGGUAAGCGUGCUGGCGUGGUGCGAGAGGAAACCUUCGUGACGGGGCAGCUGCGUUUCGUGCUUGUCUUUGUUUCUGUUGGAACUCGCCUGUUGCCCGGUUUCAUCACGUCUGAGAGAAAACGUUUUGACUUGCGUAACUUGACACAUCGGCAUUUACCGCCUAUUUCUACCGAGGGAGAACGCGAGCAAAAACAGACCGUAGAUUCUAGCCGUGAUUCUGUCGAGAAACAUCUGCACAUGUUCGUUCAAGGACGGCGACCGGUGGGCUUCAAAAAUAGGCAUUCCUAACUAUCAAGUAGCUUCUUUGGAGAGAGACGAGUCGAUGGAGCAAGGUAUUCCUUUUUUAUUGACUUUGGAAGGCAACUUCGGAGUUAACCAGUCUUUGUCAUUCAGUGAGUUCUGCACACUCCGAGGCGUCAGCAAGGCCUCGCGGAAAAAGUUCAAAUGGUACCGCACCGGGGUGCGUUGGACCGUCCAGGAGUUUCUGCGCGCAUCUGGGAAAUCAUGGAAAUAUAGCUGCACCGUUAUCUUCUGGAACGCUUCUUGACUGCAUGUGAAGAGCCAGAGAAAAAAGACUACGUAAUUGUCCUCCAAAAGCAUUCUCAUCUAAAAUCGAAGGAGGCAUGCCGCACAUCAUCGCUUUGUAUCGGUGUUUCUGCUCUGCGCUAUCCCCCUGCAGAGGGACACUGGAGCGCAGCAAGCAGUGCGGCUUCCGCGACUACCAACUACAAACAAGAAUGCAAUGUCGAAAAUAUCCACUGGCCCACAGAGUCCGCGUCAGGGUGCUGUCUUGCACCAGCUGAAGCCACUUGAAGACUUCAGAGUCGCCCACGAACCUCGCACUUUCGAAACGCGCUCAACUGCCCUUUUUUUCAGAGUCGUACUCGCGUAAAAGGAUCGGAGCCAGCAUCAUCGUCUCAGAUGCAGAAUCGCUUCCCGCACGACACCGCAGACUGUGCGUGCUCGUAGACAUGUGAAUAUGCGUCUGUCUCUUAGUCAUGUAAAUAUACAUUGUCACAAACGUAGACCUACAAGAACGAAAGCGAGGUCGAACGUUCCAUGUCGAAGAAACGCGAAUAACACGUUCUCUCCAAAUGAAAGAACUCCACUCCUGCAAGACACUUCCGCCCACCUUCGGAACCCCUGUGCGUGCAAGUCUACCGCGGGAUACAAGGAAUGGGAUGAGUCUUCGUCUUCCAAGUGCCUCGGAAACUGAAC